UAUAUAGUGUAUCUGUUAUCAGAAUGGGUGAAUCUCACCCUUCUUCUCACAUUCCUCUCAGUCCCUUGCUCCUAGGUUUGGGGCAGGUCCCAGUCCAAAACAGGGGCAGCAACUACUAGGACUAGAUUACAUGAAGCCUGUGAUUUUGCUUGGAUUUGUACAAAACAGAUUCUAACAAGAGGAUUGUAAAAACAAGAGGAACAAUUUUAAACUGCUCUGAUUUCCCCAUCCCCCUUUCUUGGAAUACUUUUUAUUUUAUAUUUUCAUGCGAAGAUACUGUACCUGCUCUAUUGCUGAAUUUCAAUCUCCUCGUCAUCUGGAUCCCUUCCAUUCAAAGACAAAGAGCAUCGAUAUGGCACUGUUAUAGACAAACUAUUCCAGUGAUGGCUGGGAAUCCAGAGGUGACCUUCACAGCUCUGGGCUAAUGCCCUACAGAGUGCUAGGGGGCUGAAUCCUUUUCAUACACACACACACUCUUCUGUCACUUCCAACCCUCCAUUCCUCAUCUGUGGUGUCUGACUCUAGAUCGAAGCCCUGUGGGACAAUGGCAUCUCACAGAAACUCUAGUUUCCUCCUCAACCUCUCCCACCACCCACGAUGGACACAAGAUCCCUUAAUGAGGGAGAGAAGGAGACAAAGAAGGACAGAGGAUACAAAAACAAUGAACAGUCUGACCCCCGCAUCAUCAUCUGCGGUGCUACGCUCCAGAAGCUUGUGGGGAAACUGGCUGAUGUUACCCCUGCUGAUGGCCACCUAUCUACCCUGUGAGGCCUGGGGCGCCACUUUCACUGUGGCCAUAAUUGGUCCCUGGACAUGUGACCCUAUGUACUCCAAAGCCCUCCCUGACCUGGCUGCCCGCCUGGCCACCGCCCGCCUCAACAUGGACCCCUACACUAAGAAAGGGUACUGGUACGACUAUACUCUCGUCAACGAGGACUGUAAAACAUCCAAUGCCCUGGCCCGCUUCUCCUCUCUGGAAGGCUAUGGCUCGGCUUUCCUUGGCCCUACUAAUCCAGGCUACUGCUCAUCGGCUGCUCUGUUUGCGAAAAACUGGAAUAAGCCCUUUCUGUCCUGGGGUUGCCUGAAACCAAACAUGGAGGAUGGACAGUAUCCCACCUUUCACAGGCCCCUGCCUCUGUCUUCCCGGGUUCUGUUUUCUGUGCUGCGGUACUUCCGCUGGGCCCAUGUGGUCAUCGUGACGUCAGAGGAUGACCUGUGGGAGGCUACAGGACACGAGCUGGCGGCCUCUCUUAUGGCCCUGGGCCUGCCGGUUAUCAAUGUGGUCACCAUGGAGCCGGACAAGGAUGGACCCACAAAAGCCUUGAAAAGGAUUCGGGAGUUAGACCGUGUCAGAGUGGUCAUCAUGUGCAUGCACUCAGCGUUGAUCGGUGGUGAGGCCCAGUAUCAGCUCCUAACCUCUGCCUCAAACAUGCGUAUGAUAGACCGUGGCUAUGUUUUCAUCCCCUAUGACACCCUCACAUAUUCGCUGCCCAAGGGCACAAACCUUCAUGCUCUGACCAAUGACAGCUUGUUGAGAAAAGCCUACGAUGGAGUUCUCACCAUCACCAUGGAUUCUGGUGAGAACACUUUCUAUGAAAGCUUCAAAGAUGCUCAGGAGAAAUUUGAGAUUCGCACCAGCACUCCACCAGAUCAGGUGUCUCCAUUCUUCGGCACCAUCUACAACAUGAUAUAUUACAUGGCCUACGCAGUAGAGAAGAGUCGCAUGUUGGCUGGGCGCUGGGUGGAUGGGGAGACCAUGCUCCAAAGCGAUGGAAGCGUCGACUUUGAAGGUUUCAACCAGCACAUCUCAUCCGAUGAAGAUGGGUUGGGGAUGCUGGCUCGCUACGUGGUCCUGGACUCUGACGGGGGAGACAAACUCUACAUGACACACACUCUGGAAGCCCCCCAUACCCUUGGCAAAUUUGGGGCGGUCAAGUACAAUGGGCGCUCCAUCCACUUUGCUGGCAGUAGCCCCAGCACAGACUCCCGUUGCUGGUUCAGUCCAUACAUCACCUGCAGUUGGGGAAUGGACGCAGGUACUCUCUUCUUUCUGUUCAUCCUCUUCUGUGCGUUGGUUGGAGGUGGAGCUGCCUUUUAUAUGAAGAGAGGUGGACAGAUUGGAACUAUCUUUGGAGGAUCAGGGGGAGGAGGAGGCCCCUUAAAAGUAGUCUUGAAUCUGGAUGACCUCAUUUUCAUCAAUACCCAGACCAGCCAAAAGAAGCUGAAUGAGGACAGUAUGAUGAACAGUCAGCUGGACGUGAAGACGCCUCGCCACUCAGUGUCGGGACGAAGCUACUUUGGCUCCACCCCUGACAGUUCCAAUGUCGCUGUCUUUGAGGGUGACUGGGUUUGGUUGAAGAAAUGUCCCAAUGGAAACACUGUGUCAAGUGUCAGUGAUGGCACUCAAAGUAUUUUCACCAAGCUCAGGGACAUGCGAAAUGAGAAUCUCAACCUGUUCCUUGGCCUGUUCCUCGACUCUGGGAUCUUUGGUGUUGUGACAGAGCACUGUACCAGGGGCAGCUUGGAGGACCUUCUCAACAACGAGGACAUGCGUCUCGACUGGAUGUUCAAGUCCUCCCUGUUGAUGGAUCUGAUCAGGGGAAUGAAGUACCUGCACAACCGUGAUGUCAUCCAUGGGCGCCUGAAGUCCCGAAACUGUGUGGUGGAUGGACGCUUCGUGCUGAAGGUGACUGAGUACGGCUUCAACGAGAUCAUAACGACACAGGGUGUCGACUUUGACGAGGGCAGGCCUGAGGAUCAGCUGUGGACGGCUCCAGAGCUACUGAGGGACUCCAGUUUGAUGAAGAGAGGAUCGUUCCCAGGGGACGUUUACAGUUUCGCCAUCAUCAUGCAGGAGGUCAUCGCCCGCUGUGCUCCCUUCUGCAUGCUGGACAUGCCUCCCAAGGAGAUCAUCAGUAAGUUGAAAUCCCCCCCACCACUGUGUCGGCCUACUGUGUCAGUGGAUGAGGCUCCACUAGAGGUGAUCCAGGUCAUGAAACAGGCCUGGAGCGAGGAGCCAGACAAGAGACCCACCUUUGAGGAGGUCUUCAAACAGUUCAAGAGUAUAACCAAGGGAAAGAAGACCAACAUCAUAGACUCCAUGCUGCGUAUGUUGGAGCAGUACUCCACUAACCUUGAGGACCUGAUCAGGGAGAGGACAGAGGAGCUGGAAGUGGAGAGGAAGAAGACUGAUAACCUGCUGGCCCAGAUGUUGCCGAGGUCUGUGUGCCUGGCCCUGAAGACGGGCAAGCCUGUGAGACCAGAGCACUUCUCCGAGGUCACUCUGUACUUCAGUGACAUUGUGGGCUUCACCACCAUCUCUGCACUCAGCGAGCCCAUUGAGGUGGUAGACUUACUCAAUGAUCUCUACACACUCUUUGAUGCCAUCAUCGGGCAGCAUGAUGUCUACAAGGUGGAGACCAUCGGAGAUGCGUACAUGGUAGCCUCUGGAGUUCCAAACCGGAACGGUAGACGCCACGCAGCUGAGAUGUCCAACAUGUCCCUGGACAUUCUCCACUGUAUUGGAACCUUCAAGAUGAGGCACAUGCCUGAUGUCAAGGUCAAGAUUCGUAUCGGCCUGCACUCUGGCCCUGUGGUGGCAGGUGUGGUGGGUCUGACGAUGCCUCGGUACUGUCUGUUCGGAGACACUGUCAACACAGCCUCUCGAAUGGAGUCCACAGGGUUGUCUUACAGAAUCCAUGUCAACCAGAGCACAGUCGAUAUCCUGCAUGAACUAAAAAUGGGCUACAAAGUAGACACCAGGGGCAUGACAGAGCUGAAGGGGAAGGGAGUUGAAAACACUUACUGGUUGGCUGGGAGAGCUGGGUUUGACAAGGUUCUGCCCAUACCGCCUGACCUUACUCCAGGGGCAAGUAACCAUGGCAUCAGUUUGGAGGAGAUUCCUCCAGAUAGAAAACAAAAAUUCCUUGACCGGCAGGCGAGGAAUAAGUAGCCUGUAAGAUAGUGUGGCCCAGUCCUACCUGUUGGAGUGAAAGACCAGAGAGGAGAAUAGAGCAGGUUGGUAGAGAGGAGAGGAUGGGUUAGGGGUGCGUCUGACAGACAGUCUGUUGCAUCCCCCCAUGUGUCCUGUCAGGAGUGCUGAUCCACAUUGCACAAAUAAGCCAAAGUUGGAGAGACACUGUCUGUCUUCAACACAUUACAUUUGUUGCACAGAGCAAAUAUAUGUUUAAACAAGAGUUUAUUAAAUGUACUGUAGAGCAUAUGUGGGAAACAGGAGGGAUAAAUAAAGGGAUAUUACAAUCAUGCACCAAAAUACCAAAUACACUACAAAAGUAUGUGGACACCCAUUCAAAUUAGUGGAUUUGGCUAUUUCAGACACACAUUGCUGACAGGUGUAUAAAAUUGCGCACACAGCCAUGAAAUCUCUAUAGAAAAACAUUGGCAGUGGAAUGGCCCAUACUGAAGAGCUCAGUGACUUUCAGCGUGGCACCAUCAUAGGGUGCCACUUUUCCAUCAAGACAGUUCUUGAUUUUCUGCCCUGCUAAAACUGCCCCGGUCAACUGUAAGUGCUGUUAUUGAGAACUGGAAAUGUCUAGGAGCAACAACAGUUUAGCCGCGAAGUGGUAGACAACACAAGCACACAGAACGGGACUGCCGAGUGCUGAAGUGCUU